UGGAGUAGAAGUACAAAGACCUGGACCUGGAACUGGACCUGGACCUGGACCUGAGUCCCGCUGUUUGUCCUCAAAGAGUGACCGCUCAAUGGAGCCUCAAUCUGCUGAUGGGGGGGUCCAGCAGCAGAGACCAGACUCUCCCAGCUGUCUGUCCUUCAAGAGCGACCGGUCGAAGGACGACGUCAUGAACUUUAAAGGACGACCUCCAUCUGCUGAUCAGAAGGUCCAGCAGCAGAGACCAGACUCUCCCAGCUGUCUGUCCUUCAAGAGCGACCGGUCGAUGGGUGACUUCAUGAACUUUAAAGGACGACCUCCAUCUGCUGAUCAGAAAGGGGACCAGGAGAGCUCGGAGGUUCCCGGUGGUCAGUCUGCCCAGCAGCAUCAGACACAGCUGGACUCCAUAUUUACGCUGCUGGAGGACCACAUCGUCACUUUUGUGAAGAGCGAGCUGAAGAAGAUCCAGAAGGCUCUGAGUUCAGAUUACCCAGAAGGCUUAGAGAGUCAGAGUGAUGAUGAGGAGGUGUUGGAGGCUGAGGAUGAAGAGCAGAGGAGCAGAAGAGAGGCAUUUGUGAACAUAACUCUGCACUUCCUGAGGAGCAUGAAGCAGGAGGAGCUGGCUGACCGUCUGCACCGCAAAACCUUUGCUGGAGUGUGUCAGCGUAAACUUAAAUCCACCCUGAAGGAGAGGUUCCAGUGUGUGUUUGAGGGCAUUGCUAAAGCAGGAAGCCCAACCCUUCUGAACCAGAUCUACACAGAGCUCUACAUCACAGAGGGGGGGUCUGCAGAGGUCAAUGCUGAACAUGAGGUCAGACAGAUUGAAACAGCAUCCAGGAAACAAGGCAGACCAGAAACAACCAUCAAACAAGAAGACCUCUUUAAAGCCUCACCUGGAAGAGAUGCACCAAUCAGAGCAGUGAUGACAAAGGGCGUGGCUGGCAUUGGGAAAACAGUCUUAACACAGAAGUUCACUCUGGACUGGGCUGAAGGCAAAGCCAACCAGGACAUCCAGUUCAUAUUUCCAUUCACCUUCAGAGAGCUGAAUGUGGUGAGAGAGAACAAGUACAGCUUGGUGGAACUUGUUCAUCACUUCUUCUCUGAAACCAGAGACGCAGGAAUCUGCAGGUUUGAUCAGUUCUCGGUUGUGUUCAUCUUUGACGGUCUGGAUGAGUGUCGACUUCCUCUGGACUUCCACAACACUGAGAUCCUGACUGAUGUCACAUGGUCCACCUCAGUGGAUGUGCUGCUGACAAACCUCAUCAGGGGGAAGCUGCUUCCCUCUGCUCGCCUCUGGAUAACCACACGACCUGCAGCAGCCAAUCAGAUCCCUCCUGAGUGUGUGGACAUGGUGACAGAGGUCCGAGGGUUCACUGACGCACAGAAGGAGGAGUACUUCAGGAAGAGAUUCAGAGAUCAGAAGCAGGCCGGCACCAUCAUCUCCCACAUCAAGACCUCACGAAGCCUCCACAUCAUGUGCCACAUCCCAGUCUUCUGCUGGAUCUCUGCUACCGUUCUGGAGGAGGUGUUGAAAACCGGAGAGGGAGGAGAGCUGCCCAAGACCCUGACUGAGAUGUACAUCCACUUCCUGGUGGUUCAGUCCAAAGUGAAGAACAUCAAGUAUGAUGGAGGAGCUGAGACAGAUCCACACUGGAGUCCAGAGAGCAGGAAGAUGAUGGAGUCUCUGGGGAAACUGGCUUUUGAGCAGCUGCAGAAAGGCAACCUGAUCUUCUAUAAGUCCGACCUGACAGAGUGUGGCAUCGAUAUCAGAGCAGCCUCAGUGUACUCAGGAGUGUUCACACAGGUCUUUAGAGAGGAGAGAGGACUGUACCAGGACAAGGUGUUCUGCUUCGUCCAUCUGAGCGUUCAGGAGUUUCUGGCUGCUCUUCAUGUCCAUCUGACCUUCAUCAACUCUGGAGUCAACCUGCUGGCAGAAGAAUCAACAACCUCCCAGAAGUCUGAAGUCCAACCUGAACUAACACAUCUCUACCAGAGUGCUGUGGACCAGGCCUUACAGAGUCCAAACGGACACCUGGACUUGUUCCUUCGCUUCCUCCUGGGUCUUUCACUGGAAACCAAUCAGAAACUCCUACGAGGCCUGCUGACACAGACAGGAAGUAGCUCAGAGACCAACCAGGAAACAGUCCAGUACAUCAAGAAGAAGAUGGAUAAGGAUCUGUCUGCAGAGAGAAGCAUCAACCUGUUCCACUGUCUGAAUGAACUGAAUGAUCGUUCUCUAGUGGAGGAGAUCCAAGAGAGCCUGAGAUCAGGAAGUCUCUCCACAGAUAAUCUGUCUCCUGCUCAGUGGUCAGCUCUGGUCUUCAUCUUACUGUCAUCAGGAAAAUAUCUGGAAGAGUUUGACCUGCAGAAAUACUCUGCUUCAGAGGAGGCUCUUCUGAGGCUGCUGCCAGUGGUCAAAGCCUCCAACAAAGCUCUGCUGAGUGGCUGUAACCUGUCAGAGAGAAGCUGUGCAGCUCUGUCCUCAGUCCUCAGCUCCCAGUCCUCCAGUCUGAGAGAUCUGGACCUGGGUAACAACAACCUGCAGGAUUCAGGAGUGGAGCUGCUGUCUGCUGAACUGGAGAGUCCACACUGUGAACUGAAGACUCUCAGGCUGAGUGGCUGUAACCUGUCAGAGAGAAGCUGUGCAGCUCUGUCCUCAGUCCUCAGCUCCCAGUCCUCCAGUCUGAGAGAGCUGGACCUGAGUAACAACAACCUGCAGGAUUCAGGAGUGAAGCUGCUGUCUGCUGGACUGGAGAGUCCACACUGUGAACUGAAGACUCUCAGGCUGUCAGGCUGUCUGAUCACAGAGGAAGGCUGUGAUGCUCUGGCCUCAGCUUUAAAGCACUCCCAUCUGAGAGAGCUGGACCUGAGCUACAAUCAUCCAGGAGACUCAGGGGGGAGGCUGCUGUCUGCUGGACUGGACACACUCAGCCUGGAGCCUGCUGCAGUCCGGUUCUUGAGGCCAGGUCUCAGGAAGUAUUCCUGUGGACUCACACUGGACUCAAACACAGCACACAGAAAACUCAAACUGUCUGACAACAACAGGAAGGUGACACGUGUGAGAGAGGAUCAGAACUAUCCUGAUCAUCCAGAGAGGUUUGACUCCUGUCCUCAGCUGAUGUGCAGAGAAGCUCUGACUGGUCGCUGUUACUGGGAGGUCGAGUGGAGAGGAGGGGUUCAUAUAUCAGUGACUUACAGAGGAAUCAGGAGAGGAGGCGGAGAGGAAUGUUGGUUUGGAUGGAAUGAUCAGUCCUGGAGUCUGGAGUCUGAUGGAGGUUACUCUGUCAGGCACAAUAACAGAGGAACACACAUCUCCUCCUCCUCCUCCUCCUCCUCCUCCUCCUCCUCUGGUAGAGUAGCAGUGUAUCUGGAUCAUCCUGCUGGCUCUCUCUCCUUCUACAGAGUCUCCUCUGACACACUGACCCACCUCCACACCUUCAGAGCCACAUUCACUGAACCUCUCUGUGCUGGGUUUACGUUGUAUAGUGACUCUGGUCGCUCUGGUUCUUCAGUGUCUCUGUGUUCUCUGCAGGAGUGAGACCCCCCCCCCCCCCCCACACACAUGACUGACCGUCUGACGUCAAAUCAAUCACACGUGGUACCACCAGUACUCAGGUCUGUUACUGCGGUAAAAGUAGUAAUACUACCACAGUGUAUAAAUACUCUGUAGAAGUACUGGGUUCCUGGGAUAUACAGUAUUAUAUCACUGGAUUAUAAUUAGUGAUGCAUUCAUGUGUUCUUCAUUUGAACUGUGCCGCCGGUAAAGGUGGAGCUAACUUUAAUGUAUUUUAUACUCAAAGGUAUUUUAUAUAUCCUUAUUAGUACAUCAUAAUUCAUUAUCUUAUAUUUGCUAUUACAAAUAUGAACAGGCCAAGAAACUGGAUAAUUAUUUGUGGAAUAGAAGUAUUAAAUUGCAGGAAAUGGAAGUACUCAAGUGAAGUCCAAGUACCUCCAAAUGGUACUUGUACAGUACUUGAGUGAAUGGUCUUAGUCACUGUCCACCUCUGGGUAGAUGUUGGUGGUAAAGGUAGACAUGAACCCAGAUUCAAACUGACCUGAGGCAGAUUACAGAGGGAGUGGAAACUCAAAGAAACAACUGAAACUAAGAGAGAGAAACUUUAUGAUUUCCACCUCCAGAGUUCUGACCAAUCAGACGGACUCUUCCUGAGAGCGUUUCCUGACGCUCCUUCGCCCCUCAGCAGAGACGUUAUCUGUGCUCUUUGAAACCAGAUCACUUAGAAAACAAAGCUUCAGAUUCAGAGCCACUCUGGUUUGUGUCUUUGUCUCCAAAUGUCUUGCUGUUUCUCCACAUUUAUGAAUGUUCACGCUUUGCUUGGUUCAGCUUGGUUCUCCUUUUGUAAGAGCACUGAGAGAAAUACAGACGUCCUUUAUGUUCACAUAGUUUGUUAAUGAAGCUGAUUCUGAAUGAUCAUAAUGGACAUUAGUACUGAUCGCUGAUGAAAUAACAAGAGCCACUGCCAUGCUGUCAUAAUCCCUCUGAGCACUAGAGGGCAGCAGUCACUUCAAUAUAACCCUUCUUAAUAUUCACCAAUCAGUGCUGGCUGUGAUCACUGGGAAAGUGACAUCAUGUCUCCUUUCAUCUGGAGUCAGGAUGUACCGGAGGAUUCUCUCUGCAGACCACAUUGGUGUAUUGUAAUCUUUAACAUCUACAGUAAACAUAUUCAAAGUGA